AUGAGGAUGAAACCUCUGAAAUUGAAAUUGCUGAUGGCAACGUAGUGAAGGCAAUUGGUGCAGGAACUGUGAAUUUAAAAUUCAACGUAGAUCAUGAAACAAUUAAUACUAAGAUAACUGAAGUUAAGUUUGCACCAAAGCUUAACUGCAACUUACUCAGCGUGUCCAGUUUGGACAGGAAAGGUUUUAAAAUUACAUUUGAAAAAGGGCAAUGUAUCGUGACUAAGCAUGAUGAAGUUUAUGUUGAAGGCAAACUAAAGGAUGGUGUAUAUGAGCUUAAUAUUUCAGAGAACCAGCGGAACCAGUCUACAAGGAUGGCCCAACCAAGCAAAAGGGAUCAAGCAAGUGUGGAACCAAGGAGUGAGGAGUUUGUAUUUUAUCCUUUUGAACCAAUACAAAGCACUAAUCCACCUUCUAGUGUUGUAACACCCCCUAUAGGUGACACCCGAGAAGACGCGGAGGUCCAGGCCCCUGGCAGCACCAGAGAUGAAGAGGAUGAGGAGCAGCUGUAUGGGGAUAUACCACUGCUGGAGGAGGAUGAGGAAGCUGAUGCAGUCGAAAGACCAGAGGUCAGACACUCAUCCAGAACCUACAGAGGUGUUCCACCAUUACGGCUGUCCUACCUUACAAGGUCGGCGUCUCCACAGGAACCUUCCAAAUGGGAAGAGAUAGAGAGGAUGCCACCGGAUGAAGCCAGUCUCUGGAGGAAAGCUGCUCAGGAGGAGAUAGAUGCACUUCAUCGGAACAGGACCUGGACACUCACAGAACUACCUCCUGAAUCCCAAUACAUUGCAACUUUGGAGGCUUGCAGAGAGAUCGCCUGGCUGGAUCAACUCCUGAAGGACUUUGGCGUGCCAAGGAAGGGACCUGUCAGCUUGAUGGAGGACAAUCAGAGCAGUAUAAAGCUGACACAAAGCGAAAAGUUCCUUGCACGCACUAAACACAUUGGUGUCAGGUACCACUACAUACGCCAGGUGAUCGAGGAUGGACUUGUUGAAAUGUGUUACUGCAACACUGAACAGAUGACUGCAGACAUUCUAACAAAGCCCCUGCCAAGAGAGAAGUUCCAGGAUCUUCGUGGCAAGCUGGGACUCUUGGGUGGUUGAUUAAAGUUGUUUAUGUAUGUUUUUGUGUAUGUUGUGAAUUGCCUGAGAAGGGGUUUGUGGGAUGCAAAGGGUUAAGUGCAGUCAUCAUGCAAAUGAGUUGGGGAAGAGGCAGAUAAAUUCACUAGCGAGAAGCCAUUUCCUUCUCUUGGACCAGACCUCUUGGACUACACACAUCUAAGAAGCAACAUCUUAGUGAGUCUCCCUCUAGGCUUCCAGCCCAGAGAGAGAUGAGAUGGAGUCUCACUUCCUAUAAGUGAACUUCACAAUGUAUAUUUUACUUUAUACCUAAGCAAGUCUACCUCUUGAGUGUGUUGUACCUCAAGAUGCUUGUUAGAAAACAUCUUUUAUACUUUUAAGAGGGAAAAAGGGGGAAAUACCAGGGAAAUACACUUUAUUUUAUAGGCUUAAAUCAAGCCUGCGCAAACGCUUUUCUGCUGUGCAUUUUGCAAAAGGGAAAUGUUUUUACUCUGCUAAAGUUUUGUGCUUGCUAGCGC